UCAAAGCGGCCUCGCUGCGGACCCUCACCUCCAUCGUCCACCUGGAGAGGACCCCCAAGCUCAGCAGCAUCAUCGACUGCACCGGCACCGCCUCCUACCACGGCUUCCUCCCCGUCCUCGUCCGCAACUGCAUCCAGGCCAUGAUCGACCCCUCCAUGGAGCCCUAUCCCCACCAGUUCGCCACCGCCCUCUUCUCCUUCCUCUACCACCUGGCCAGCUACGACGCCGGCGGCGAGGCGCUGGUGUCCUGCGGCAUGAUGGAGGCGCUGCUGAAGGUGAUCAAGUUUUUAGGCGACGAGCAGGACCAGAUCACCUUCGUCACGCGCGCCGUGCGGGUGGUGGAUCUCAUCACCAACCUGGACAUGGCGGCCUUCCAGUCGCACAGCGGGCUCUCCAUCUUCAUCUACCGCCUCGAGCACGAGGUGGACCUGUGCCGCCGCGAGUGCCCCUUCGUCAUCAAGCCCAAGGUGCAGCGCCCGGCCGCCGCCGCGCUCCCUGAGGGCGAGGAGAUGGAGACGGACAUGGAGGUGACCGACGUGGCCAUGGAGAGCAGCAGCCCCGGCCCCUCGGCCGCCGCCGCCGAGCCCGCCGUGCCCAGCACCAGCGCCGCCGUGGCCUUGUCCCCACGCAGCGGAGUCCAGUGCAUCCCGCAGCGCGCCGCCCUGCUCAAAUCCAUGCUGAACUUCCUCAAAAAAGCCAUCCAGGACCCGGCUUUUUCCGACGGCAUCCGGCACGUGAUGGACGGCUCGCUGCCCACCUCCCUCAAGCACAUCAUCAGCAACGCCGAGUACUACGGCCCCUCGCUUUUCCUCCUGGCCACCGAGGUGGUGACGGUCUUCGUGUUCCAGGAGCCUUCGCUGCUCUCCUCCCUGCAGGACAACGGCCUGACCGACGUCAUGCUGCACGCGCUGCUCAUCAAGGACGUCCCGGCCACCAGGGAGGUGCUGGGCUCGCUGCCCAACGUCUUCAGCGCGCUGUGCCUCAACGCCCGCGGGCUGCAGUCCUUCGUGCAGUGCCAGCCCUUCGAGCGCCUCUUCAAGGUGCUGCUCUCCCCCGAUUACCUCCCGGCCAUGCGCCGCCGCCGCAGCUCCGACCCCCUCGGUGAGUCCCGGGGGGGUCCCCGUGGCCCCAAAAGGGGCUGGGGUCUGGUGGGGAGGGGGGUGUCGGCUUCAGGAGUCGCGGUUUGGGGGGAGAG